AUGUCGGGAGUUUGGGUGUUCAAAAACGGCGUGGUACGUCUGGUGGAGAAUCCGGGGGAGUGUACUCGGAAGAAGGUAUUGGUCCACGUGUCGUCCAACGAGGUUAUUACAUCAUACGCAGUUUUGGAGAGGAUAUUGUUGUCCUUGGGCUGGGAAAGGUACAUUAAUGAGGACCAUCAUCAUCAUCAUCAUCAUCACCUUUUGCAGUUUCAUAAGAGAUCCACAGUUCACCUUAUUUCACUUCCAAAGGAUUUCUGCAAGUUCAAGUCCAUCCACAUGUACGAUAUUGUCGUCAAGAAUCGCAAUCAAUUCGAAGUUCGAGAUAUUAUGUGA